UGCUCCACCUGGAAGUUGGCCUUGGCAGGUUAGUCUGCAGAAGUUUGGCGGCCAUGUUUGUGGUGGUUCCCUCAUCAAUAGAGAGUGGGUGAUGUCUGCUGCUCACUGCUUCUCCAGCACAAGUACAUUUAGAUGGCAGGUUUCUCUCGGCCGUCAGAACCUGCAGGGAAYAAACCCAAACGAAGUGUCCAGAAGUGUUGCCAGAAUCAUUUUGCAUCCAAACUAUGACAGCGACAGCAGCAACAACGACAUUGCUCUGCUCAGACUCUCGUCACCAGUCAAAUUCACAGACUUCAUCAGACCUGUGUGUCUGGCAGCAAGUGGCAGUGUGUUCAACAACGGUACAGAUAGCUGGGUCACUGGCUGGGGYGCRGUCAAGGAGGGAGUGUCAUUACCGUUCCCUGAAACUCUACAAGAAGUGGAGGUUCCAGUUUUGGGAAACAGACAGUGUAACUGUCUCAAUGGAGUCGGUCAAGUCACGGACAACAUGAUCUGUGCUGGUGUUCUGGCAGGAGGCAAAGACUCAUGUCAGGGUGACUCAGGAGGUCCAAUGGUGAACAAACAGGGCUCCGUCUGGGUCCAGUCUGGAGUWGUCAGUUUUGGUUUUGGUUGUGCUCGGCCCAAUCUGCCAGGAGUCUACUCCAGAGUGUCCCGUUACCAGUCCUGGAUCAACUCCAUAAUCGACUCUGAUGGGCCAGGCUUUGUCCAGUUCACCUCCAGUGGGUUGGAUGCUGACAGCAGUUACACCUGUCCUGGUCUCCCACCAUCCCCAACCACUGCACCAACAACGCGGCCAAGUAUCGUAACCACUCCUGCCAGACCAGUGUGUGGCAAAGCUUCCAUGAACAGUCGUGCUCUAGGUGACAGCAGUGUUGUUUUUGGAGGAAUGUGGCCCUGGAUGGUGAGUCUCCACAAAAACGGGGUCUUCACUUGUGGAGGAACCCUCAUCGCCGAUAGGUUUGUCCUCACCUCCAGCCAGUGCUUUUCCACCUCCAGUCCAAAUGUUCUCGAGUGGAGAGUGUUCCUUGGCCAGCGACUUGUGGACGGUUCUGAAGAGUUUGAGAUGUCUCUGGGUGUUGUGAAGAUUAUACUGAGCAAACUCACAGGUUUUAACAUUGCUGUACUACAGCUGGAGAAACCUGUGAGCUACAUAGAUUUUAUCCAGCCUGUGUGUCUGGACAGCAACAAUGAAAGAUCCUUCCCCGUUGGUAGUCGAUGCUGGAUGCCAGGCUGGGGGAACAGCAGUAGGACUGGAGGUGCUGGCAGAGCUGGCUCAGGUCUGCGAGACCUUGAAACUCAAGUGGCAAACUGUGUGAGCGUUUCUGAUUCGGACAACAUUUGCACUUAUGCCAUGGACCUUCAAGAGGGGGAUCAGGGCAGUCCUCUGCUGUGCAAAUCAGACUCCUCUUGGUUCCAGGCGGCCGUUGUAACAAUGAGUGGGAAUAAAUCCGUGAGGGCAGAUAUUCAGACAUUUGCCAAAACCUCAAGAUUCGGGUCAUUCUUAAAGGAGACAGUUGGUGAUAUGCCAUCUCCUGCAACGUCUGCAACAGGAAAUGAAGCAGGAAAUGCAGCAGGAAAUGCAGCUGGAAAUGCAAUUUCCUUGUUCUUCAGUUUUGCUGUCGUUAUUACCUCCAUUUUCCUGUUGUAAUGAUGUGGUAUUUGUAGAGCUGCGUGAAAUAGUCCAAUACUGUAAAUGCACUUACGAUACUCAGGUCAAACAAAAAGGAAUGCAUCAUGAGGCACUUCCAAUCGAAUGUAUAUAUUCGUAACAGAAGGUAUUGUACUGUAUGGAAUCUGUGAACAAGUUGUACAAGAAAAUGCUAAUUUUUUCAAGAUGUGUUAAUCCAGCUGAAUGAAGUACAGUGAUAAACCAUCAAACCAUGCCUAUUUUGUUUGAGUCACAUUAUAAAAGACAUAUUGAGUCAUGAAAUAAAUAUUGA